AUGGUUGAUCGGAUCUCUGGCAUGAAGGUGCUCCUCCUGGACGAAGAGACGAUAGGCAUUAUCAGCAUGGUUUUCUCGCAGUCGGACAUCCUCCAGCAUGAGGUCUUUCUUGUCGAGCGUAUCGAUGCAGACAGCUUUGCAUCUCAGGACAAGAUGCGACACAUGAAUGCUGUGUGCUUCCUCAGGCCGACCAACAAGAACUUCCUGAAGCUCUCGCAGGAGCUGAAGAAUCCAAAGUACAACGAGUACCACCUCUUCUUCACCAACGUCGUCCCUCACAUGCGGCUUGAGCCGCUCGCGUGCUGCGAUGAGUACGAGGUUGUCAAACAGGUGCAAGAGUUUUUUGCUGAUGUAUACGCGGUCAACCAUGACCUCUUCUCUCUGAAUCUGCAGUCCACCGUCCGGCUUACAGAGGACCCAGGGCGGUGGACAUCUUACGAGGAGAGCAUCUUUGAGCGCAUCAUCGAGGGGCUGCUCGCAACUUGCCUGACGAUGCGGAUGCUGCCUGCAAUCCGAUACACGGAUUCGUGUGAUCUCACCCGACAAAUCGCACACAGACUUCAGACCCGCAUCCACGAAGAGCAGAGCCUCUUCGAAACCAUCGUGAAAGCUCAGAAAGGCGAAGCGACCCCAGUCCUGCUCCUUUUUGAUCGCAGGAAUGAUCCAGUCACACCUCUGUUGCAGCAAUGGACCUACCAGGCAAUGGUGCACGAGCUGCUGGGCAUGCACAACAACAUUGUUGACCUGAAGAAGGUGCAGAAAGACGCAAGGCCAGAGCUCGAGAGGAUCGUCAUGUCGCCACUACAGGACGAGUUCUUCUUGACGAACUUGUACUCCAACUUUGGCGACUUAGGGCAGAACACUCGCAACCUGGUCGAGAAGUACCAGAAAGAAACUAAAAACACGGCGCGCAUCGAGUCAAUAGAGGAGAUGCAGCGAUUUGUCGAUGAGUACCCAGAGUUUCGGCGCAUGUCAGGAAAUGUGUCGAAGCACGUCAAUGUGGUCAGCGAACUGUCCCGAAUAAUCGACGCCUACGGGCUCCUUGAGGCAUCUCAGCUGGAGCAGGAGCUGGCCUGCUCAGAGAACCAGAAGGAGCACUACAAAUCACUGGUGGACUUGCUCAAGAUGGCAAAGAUCACGCCAAUGGAAGGUCUACGCCUGGUGCUGCUCUUCGCGCUGAGGUACGAGCAUGAGUACAACUCCAUCGCACAGCUGAAGGACCAGCUGCGACAGAAGGGAGUCGGAGAUGAUCAAAUAGGCCUGGUGGACCAGCUCUUGCGCUAUGCGGGCUCGCAAGUGCGCAACAGUGACUUGUUUCAGAACAAGAGCUUCUUGCAACUUGCAAAGAACGUGGUCACCAGUAGCUUCAAAGGUGUGGAGAAUGUCUACACUCAGCACAAGAGCCACGUGGCCAGCGUAGUCACCUCGUUGAUGAAGGGCCAGCUGAAGGAGACCAGCUACCCCUACAUGCAGGGCAAGGGCAGCAGCGUGGCUCCAGCACGGGAGCCCCCGAGGCGCUGCGUGGUCUUUGUCGUCGGCGGGUGCACCUACGAGGAGGCGAGGGAUGUCGCCGAGUUGAACCGGACCUUGGAUGGCUGCAGCAUCGUCCUCGGCGGGACCACGAUCCACAAUUCCAUGACCUUUCUGACAGAUGUCGCCCAACUCGGGGCGCGAGGCUUCGAGUGA